AUGGCAGAUACAAUGGUGAACGGCCACCACGAAGUUGAAAUGCCAGCACCUCCUGUUGACCCUGUUUCAAGACCACAGACACCGCCGCCUCCCCCGUCCGCUGAAAAUGAACCUCCUCCGCCUCCGCUAGAAUCAAGAUUUGCACCGCCACCUCCUCCCACAGAUUCAAGCGUCCCCCCUCCCCCGCCUGAGCAGGUGCCGCCUCCUCCUCGCGACGAGCCAGACACUAUAAUAAGUGCCAUCAAGCCACAACUGCCGAAGAAGAAAGGAUGGGGCUCCACCAAGGUAGCGAAGACAACACCGCUGAGUGUGGAGGAACUUCUGAAGAAGAAGAGAGAAGCCGAUCUUGCGGCCAGUAGGCCAAAGUUCCUCUCGAGGGCGCAGCGUGAAAAACUUGCAUUGGAGAAGCGGCAGAAGGAGGUUGAGGCGGCUUCUGCCCACAAAAACCAGAACGGGGUAGCAAGGAACGGCUCAUCUGCAGCGCCGGAACCGUCCAAGCCAAGUGUAGCACCGACUGGACCGAAAGCCCUCCGCAAUGGAGAUGUUCCCACCGGUCCUGCUGCAAUGCGGUCACGAGAACCCAACAAAGGCGUCGAUUUCACGCCGCCCACGGCACCCAAGCCAAUGGCGUUCGGCGGGGAUUCUAAAGCAUCUAAAGCACAAAAACGAGGAGCGGAGGACGAUCGGACUGAAAAGCCAGAAUCGGAAAUUAUCCGGCAGAGGUAUAUGGGUGCUGAUCUGAAUGUAUCGACAUUCUCGGCGAUGAAGAAGCGACGGCGUACCACCGAGAAGAAAUUUAACUUUGAAUGGAAUGCCGAGGAGGACACUACACCGGACUACAAUCCCAUCUACAACAAUCGCGCCGAGGUCAAUUUCUUUGGAAGAGGCCGGCUGGGCGGAUUUGAUGAACAAGCGGCCGAUGCAGCCGCACGAAAGUAUGCAGCUGCGUUGCAAUCGAGAGACACGGUUGCCGGAGCAGCUCGCGCUCAAGAGAUUCUCGAAAUGGAGCGCAAGAGGAAAGAAGAAUCUGGCCGGAUGUCUAUUGACAAACAUUGGAGUGAGAAGAAACUGGAGCACAUGCGCGAACGCGACUGGCGCAUUUUCAAGGAGGAUUUCAAUAUCAGCACCAAAGGCGGAGGCAUUCCCAACCCAAUGCGCAAUUGGAAAGAAUCUGGACUUCCCAGCAAGCUAUUGGAAAUCAUCGACCAAGUAGGAUAUGUCGAUCCUUCACCCAUUCAAAGGGCCGCUAUCCCCAUCGCCCUCCAAAACCGCGACCUCAUCGGCGUUGCCGUAACAGGUUCGGGAAAAACUGCAGCCUUCCUCCUCCCUUUACUUGUAUACAUCGCCGAACUUCCCCGCCUAGAUGAAGACGAUAUGCGCCGCAAUAACGGCCCCUAUGCCAUCAUCCUUGCUCCGACCCGCGAACUGGCACAACAGAUCGAAAUUGAAGCUAAAAAGUUCGCAACGCCACUAGGGUUUACGGUUGUCUCAAUAGUAGGGGGUCACAGUAUCGAGGAACAAGCUUACAAUCUUCGCAACGGUGCAGAGAUUAUCAUCGCCACGCCGGGUCGUCUGGUGGAUUGUAUCGAUCGUCGCAUCAUCGUGCUGGAACAAUGCUGCUACGUGAUUAUGGAUGAAGCGGACCGCAUGAUCGACCUAGGGUUUGAAGAGCCCGUGAAUAAAAUCCUCGAUGCCCUGCCUGUAAGCAAUGAGAAACCCGACAGCGAAGCCGCAGAAGAUGGGAGAGCUAUGUCCCGGCCCAUUGGCGGAAAGGACCGAUAUCGCCAGACAAUGAUGUACACUGCAACCAUGCCGGCCGCGGUCGAGAGAAUUGCACGAAAAUACCUAAGAAGACCUGCGAUCGUGACGAUUGGUAAUGUGGGCGAAGCAGUCGACACUGUCGAGCAACGGGUAGAAUUCGUCGCCGGCGAAGAUAAACGCAAGAAGAGACUGAACGAAAUCCUUUCCAGUGGGGAAUUCCGUCCACCGAUUAUUGUCUUUGUGAAUAUCAAGAGGAAUUGCGACGCUGUUGCAAGGGACAUCAAAUCGAUGGGCUUCAGCAGUGUCACAUUACACGGGUCCAAAACGCAGGAACAGCGCGAGGCAGCUCUGCAAUCAGUCCGGGACGGCAAAACCGAUGUCCUUGUGGCCACUGACCUUGCAGGUCGUGGUAUUGAUGUCCCCGACGUGAGCUUGGUGGUGAAUUUCAACAUGGCGACCAACAUUGAGUCCUACACGCACCGCAUCGGGCGUACCGGACGAGCAGGCAAAUCUGGCGUGGCCAUCACCUUCUUGGGCAAUGAGGAUAACGACGUCCUCUAUGAUUUGAAGCAGAUGCUGAUGAAGAGUUCGAUCAGCAGGGUGCCGGAGGAGCUCAGGAAGCACGAGGCAGCACAGCAGAAGAGGGGCGCUGGGUUGGCAGGAGGUGAUAAGAUGAAGGGUGGAAAGUCGGCCGGCGAUGAAAGCGGCGGUUUUGGAGGGAAGGGCGGAGGUGGCUGGUAG